AAGACGGACACGAUGGGUGCUUAUUUUACUGCACGUCAGAUUGUUCGAUGGACUGUGACAAGUGACGCUUCACCUUCUCUGAGCCACAUUAAAUUUGGAAGAUAUCAAAUUUUACACCUACAUCCGGUGUACUUCAUGCGGCAUUCGUGCUCUUCCAGCAGCAGCCAGAGUAUCCACCAUUCAGCACAAGUUAACCACGACAAAGCAGCACCUGUGCAGAAAAGGCCAGACACGGUGCUGUCCCUGCAGUCCUUAGUGCAGAUGGGAUUCGAUGAAGCCCAGGCUGAACACAUAUACAGUACUGUGGCUAAGACCAGAGGAAUCUCUGCAAAACAUGCCCCGUCAACUCUCUCAGCGCUCUUUGAGCUGAACUUAAACCCAUCAAGUAUACUGAAGCUGUUGGACAAAUGUCCUGAAGUCUAUACUGUCAAUGAAGCUCACAUUCAGAAGCGCAUCAACAAGCUGAGGAAACUUGGUUUCGUUGAAGGUGGUAUUCAGAGAGUGGUGGCCCAUUUUCCCAGAAUCUUAACUGUGCCUGUGAAAAAAAUAGAAAAUGUGGAGCUGAUCCUCCGAGAGAAAUGCCUGUUCACCACCCAGCAGAUCACAGAUAUCUUCAGAGACUGUCCGUCUGUAGUCCUGGAAGACCACUAUCAGCUGGAAUACAAGUUCCAGUACGUGUACUUCAAAAUGGGUGUCAAACAGCCAGAGAUGGUGAAGUCCAAGUUGUUCCGAUUCACUCUGGAUGAGGUGCGCCGUCGACACGCGUUUCUGGAGCGGAGAGGCAUGUACUACACACCAGACAAGAAAGGACAUACGGUCAUCAUCAACCCAAAACUUCACAGCAUUCUUCACGCUGACCAGGACACCUUUGUCAGUAAAGUUGCCAAGGCAUCUGCAGAGGAGUAUGAUGUAUUUCAGAGACUUCUGGUGAGAGAAUGUCGUGAACAGAUGCAGAAUCAUGGUGGCACUUACACGGCUUCCGAUGAGGAGGAGGAGGAGGAGGAUGAUUAUGAUGAUGAUGAUGACACUGGAGGAAAAAGUGGAUACAUGAAAAGGAGGAAGAAAUGAGUGUAGGAAAGGACUAAACACUGAAAGGAUUUUUUUUUUCCAAAGAAAGUGACAUUUAAAGAUAACACACAGAUACAUAAAUUAAUAAACCUGUCCUUGUAAACAGUUGAUUUCCAUUAUUGACCACAGAAUUAUUGUUAUUAGUCAACAACCUGGAGACUUUGUGUCAUUGUGGAAGGGGCCAAUCUCAGUGUUAGACAGUUUAAAAUUCAUGUCAGUUUCAGGCAUCAAUAUGGUUUUAAAAAUCCUCAAACAUUUUUAUAACUGUCCCAAAAUAUGUUUUCUUUAUUCAGGGCUGGGAAUAAUUCAGCUAAUGAAUGAAAGAUAUGAAAGAUAUUCAGUGAAAGUAACUUUCUCUCUCUUUUACAAAAUGUAGUUCCAUUAAGUCAGUAAACUUUUUUUAUUUAAAUAAAUGUUAACGGUCAAAAACUUUCUAAACCUUAAGUCAUGUGUUUGUUCCUGUUGUGGUUUAUACAGAAGUAAUACAAUAAGCAAAAUUGACACAUGCAAUGGCAACAAGUGUCAACUUGAGGAGAUGGAGAUGAAGCCAGAAUAAAUGCAAUAAUUAUCUUAUUACAGUUAUUUUCCAUAUGUAUUUUUAUUAAUAGUUUUAAUUUAAUACUUUCUUUGCUGUGAAUAAACUAUGUUGAAUGAAAACUACUGUUUAACUUG